CGCCCCGCCCCGCCUAGCUUCUUAGUUUCUUUUCUUCUGGACCCGUCGAGUUAGAGCGAAAGGGGGACGAUGGGUGACCCGUCGGUGUGCAGCUUCCUCACCAAGACCUUGUGCGCGCACGGCGGGCGGCUGGCGCUGCGGGACCUGCAGCAACACGUCGGUCUCUCGGCGCAGCAGCUGGAGGAGACGCUGUCGGCAGUGGGUCCCCAGCGGUUCCUGGUGCAGCGGGGCGGCGACGGCGUGUGGGUGCUGGCCGUCUCGGCCGUGAGGGUGUGCGUCCGCAAGGAGUGCGGGGGCUGCGACCGGCUGCAUCUCUGCAAGCUGCACCUCAUGGGCAAGUGCAACCUGGGGUCCAGAUCUUGUAAGUACCCGCACGACAUCAUCAAUGCUGAGAACAAAAAAGUUCUAAAGACCCAUGAGUUAUCUAGCCUUGAUGAGAAUGAGCUGCGAGUCCUGCUUCUCCAAAAUGACCCUUUCUUCCUCCCUGAUAUCUGCCAACUUUACAACAGAAGGGAUAGUAACUGCAGCCAGCAAAACAACUGCAACAAGCUUCAUAUUUGUCGGCACUUUCUCAAAGGGGAAUGUAGAUUUCUUUGGUGCAAGAGGUCCCAUAACCUCUUGGAUAUCGAUUCACUGAAAGUGUUGGAAACUGGAGGCAUUGAUGCGAAGAUAGCUUCAAACAUGCAGACUAUAUAUAAUCACAAGCACAUAGAACUCAACAAGGAACUGAAGGGGAAAAGUAAGUUGUAAGAAACAUCAUCCUGGACACACAAAUUGGGAUGAUACCCUAGCUCAGUUUCUGGUCCAGCAGUGCUGUUCAUUCAGUGUUCUCAUGCAGGUCCCAGAAGCUAUGUACCUGGUCAGAGACAACACCAGUCUGCAACAGGAACUGGAGGUAAAGUUGAAGAUAGGUGCCAUUACACGGGUGGUGUGCGCUACCCCAGCGGGCAGCUGGGCAUCACACAGCCACACGCUCACUUCCCCUUCACCACUGGUGGAUCAGGGGAAGAGGAAAAAAAGAAAGCAACAACAAGAACACCUGAGCGUCAAGAAGAGGGGAAAGCAAAGGAUAAAAAAGGUGAUUCCUCUGCUAAAGCUUCAAAGGACAACAAAGAAGAUAACUGUGAUCAGAUAUGUGUGUUCUAUGUCUGGAAGUACUGCAAGCAUAAAGAUAAAUGCAAAUUUGUUCAUUACCACUUGCCAUAUCGAUGGCAGGUAUAUAAUGGGGUGACCUGGAAUGACCUCGCCAUGAUGGAGGAAAUUGAAAAGGCUUAUUGUGACCCACAGACCAACAGUAUAGUGGGUAAGAAAAUUGAUUUCCAGACAAUGACCUGCUGCUCUUCUCCGCUUCGACGCCUCUCUACACCAUCAUCAGUCACAAAACCCACAUUUGUAUUGACCACACAGUGGCUUUGGUAUUGGAAGAAUGACAAAGGCCAGUGGAUUGAAUAUGGAGAACAGGGAGAAGGGGAUAGUGUGAGCUCACCAUCUUCUGCUGCUAUUGAGAAUUUGUAUCUAGCAGAUCCAGAUGGCACCGUGUUUUUCCAGUCUGGCUUGUAUAAGUACGAGCUCAAUUUUAAAGAAAUGACCCAGACAAACACCUCUUACAAAACUCAAAGACGGGUCUGCAGGCGACCAAAGUUUGUGUCUUCUGAAGAUGUGCAGAAGAUAAAGAAAGGCCAGAGGGAUUCUUCUAUUCCCAAUCAGUCCUGUCCUGGCCACUGGGAUCAGUCUGCACUGCCUGACUUUGGAUACAAGGCAGUGGAGAUCAGGGAUACAACUGCUGAAUACAACCAAAUAAAGCAGCUGUUUCAUCAGACUAUGAAGAAAUACAGCAUCCUUAAAAUAAAGAGGAUUCAGAAUCCAUCCCUCUGGAAAGUGUUUCAGUGGCAAAAGGAACAGAUGAAAAGGGAAAAUGGAGGGAAGGAUGUAAAUGAAAAGCUCCUUUUCCAUGGAACCAAGACCUCCUUUGUGGAAUCCAUCUGUAUUCACAAUUUUGACUGGAGAAUCUGUGGAAGCAAUGGAACUGUCUAUGGGAAGGGAAGUUACUUUGCUAGAGACGCUUCCUAUUCCCACUCAUACUGUGAGCCCACGGUGAAGAACAAAAUCAUGUUCGUGGCUCGUGUGUUGGUUGGAGACUACGUUAACGGCAACGCAGCCUAUGUGCGCCCGCCGACAAAGUCUGUUGAUGGGCUCCGGUUUUAUGACAGUUGUGUGGACAACCAGAGAAAUCCCUCCAUUUUUGUUGUCUUUGAAAAAUACCAGAUCUACCCAGAGUUUACAAUAGAGUACACAGAGGAAGAAAAAAAAUGUAUUAUAUCUUAAAGGGAUCAGAGCUGUUUGUAUCCUUUCUUAUUUUCUGUACUGCAGGUGUUCCCAUACUUGGCAACUUUUUACUAGAAUCCUUUGGAAUGUUAAUCCAAGGAAGUUCUCUAUUGAGGAGGGCUAGCAAAGCAGAUGUUACAGUUGAGACGUUGCCUUGUCUUCUCCUCUUCCUCUCUUAUAUCAAAUGUAGACAUUGGGGUAACUGUAGCAGAAGAAUCAGAAAUGUGGGAAAUACAGUGU